AUGGAGGAGAGACCCAGCUCUCCGCCUCUGCCGGACGAUAUCCUCAACGCCACAGCAGAAGAGAUAUCCACGCGCACAAGGCUGCUGGAGAAUGACAUCAAAGUCAUGCGAUCCGAGCACAUGCGAUUGAGUCACGAACAAGGCACGAUGAGGGAAAAGAUCAAGGACAACGAUGACAAGAUCAAACAGAACAAGGUGCUCCCCUAUUUGGUCGGCAAUGUCGUAGAGAUCUUGGACAUCGAUCCUGACAUCGACGAGGAUUCGGAGGAGGGAGCAAAUGUUGAUCUGGAUUCGAAAAGGAAGGGUAAAUGCGCAGUCAUCAAGACCUCCACUAGACAGACCAUCUUUUUACCUUUGAUCGGCCUGGUCCCAUCAGAAAGCCUCAAGCCUGGCGACCUGAUCGGCGUCAACAAAGACAGCUACUUGAUUCUGGAUAAGCUACCUGCAGAGUACGAUUCGAGAGUCAAGGCUAUGGAGGUGGACGAAAGGCCGACAGAGACGUAUACCGACAUUGGUGGUCUUGACAAACAGAUCGAGGAAUUGGUCGAAGCCAUCGUGCUUCCGAUGCAGCAAGAGGAGAAGUUCAAGAACUUGGGCAUCAGGCCCCCAAAGGGUGCCCUCAUGUACGGCCCUCCUGGUACUGGAAAGACGCUUCUCGCGAGAGCAUGUGCAGCUCAAACAAACGCGUGCUACCUGAAGCUAGCUGGACCGUCGCUUGUACAGAUGUUUAUCGGUGACGGAGCGAAGCUGGUGCGGGAUGCAUUCGAGCUUGCGAAAGAAAAGUCGCCAGCGAUCAUCUUCAUCGACGAGCUGGAUGCCAUUGGUACAAAGCGUUUUGACAGCGACAAGUCCGGCGAUCGAGAAGUGCAGCGAACCAUGCUCGAGCUGCUCAAUCAGCUGGACGGUUUCAGCUCAGACAGCCGAAUCAAGGUCAUCGCUGCCACCAAUCGAAUUGACAUUCUGGACCCUGCAUUGCUGCGCUCUGGACGCUUGGACAGAAAGAUCGAGUUCCCUCUGCCGAACGAGGAAGCAAGAGCCCGCAUCAUGGAGAUCCACAGUAGAAAGAUGGCGGUCGGUCCCAAUGUCAAUUUCGAGGAGUUGGCAAGAUCCUGCGAUGAGAUGAACGGUGCGCAGCUGAAAGCUGUGUGUGUAGAGGCUGGUAUGAUUGCGCUGCGCGAAGGCGCAUCUGUACUCGAUCACGAGCACUUCUUUGGCGGUAUCAUGGAGGUUCAGUCCAAGAAGAAGAACGACCAUAUGUACUUCAGCUGA